CAGCUCAGCUAGCCCGCAGCGUGAGGCUGCCUAACGUAGUCGUCCGCCCCAUUGCCUCCCGCCAUCGUCCCCGUAGACCAGUCACACAGCCAUAAGCCGAGCAGGAUAAAUCAAGAGGAGGAGUUAAUUUAAGGAAGAAAAGAAAAACAUAAAUGGCGGAUGCUAUAAUUUCAGAAGUGGUGGGGAGAAUUGCAACUAUGUUAGAAGAUAAGAUUCAGUCUGAAGUGAAAAUGGUGAGAGACGUGAAGAAGGAGCUUCUCAAUCUCUCCGAGAAGCUCAAGACGAUCCGAAAUGUGUUGGAUAAUGCAGAAAAGAGAGGAGUGAAUGAUCAAAGUGUCAAAAGUUGGUUGAAGAAGCUCGAAGCUACGGCCUAUGAGAUGGAGGAUAUUUUGGAUGAAUGGAGCUAUUCUCUUCUCAAAGAUAAGAUGGAAGCUUCGCAUGAGCCUGAGCCUGAGCAAAAGAUAGGGUGCUCCUUCAUCAGAUCUUCUUGUUUAGGUUUCAAGAAAGUUUCAGUCCGUCGUGAUAUUGCCAAGAAAAUAGAAAAUGUGAAAGCUAGGCUUGAACAGAUUUACAAGGAGAGAAAUGACUUUAAGUUUGACGUAUCUCCGCCUACAACUGAUCCAGUGCCAGUGCAUGAGUCUCACCGAGAACAAUCCACAUCUUCAAUUGACUUCAACGAUGUUUAUGGGUCGGACAUAUAUAAGAAAAGGGAUGACAUAGUGGCGAAUAUGACGCUUAAUGGUGGUAAUACCCAAAUUCUGUCUAUAGUUGGGACGGGGGGACUUGGGAAGACGACCCUCGCCAAGCUUAUUUUUAACCAUCCCACUUCGAGAAGGAUUGGUUAAAAAUUUGGGUAUGUGUCUCAAAUCCUUUUGUUGUAACUGUGGUUGCCAAAAAUAUUGUUGAGCUUGUGGGGACGGAAAAGAUUCCUCCAAAUAACGACCAAAAAGAAUUGGCAUUAC